AUGUCGAACGAUAAAUCGAAACUACACCACCUCGUUCCCGCCCCGUGGAAUAGCAAUCCUGAAGGCGAACGGAGCCAAACUGUGCUACCGCGUCGAGUCAGGCCAAAAAAUGCCUCACGUGCAUGCAAUGAGUGCCAAAAACGCAAAAUCAAGUGCGUCGGUUCCAAUCCAUGUAAAAACUGCCAUGAGAAUUCCCUAUAUUGCGAGAUCAACGACGAGACGGAUGGACGACGGAGGUUUGCGCUGAAACGCAAGGUCGAGGACCUGGAGCAGGAUCGACACCUGCUGCUCGGCCUGGUGGAAGCCCUAAGGGAUGACGACUAUCACACCAUGCAGCUUUUAAACCUGAUUCGCAGUAACGCCUCGCUCGAUGAGAUUCGACUUGCCGUAUAUAACCGUAUGGAACGAUUGUCCAUGCCAGCGUCCGCGUCCGUACCGGUGCCGGCCUUGAUGUCAAUGUUGGCGCCGUCGUCAACUUCCCCAACACCCUUCGUGUCUAAUCACACGGCAAUGCCAGUAUUUCAGGCUCCGGAAUCAAAUACGAACCGCAAAAUCAUGGACAUUGCCAGAUUGACUGACAUCCCGCUCUUUGAACUACCCGCAAGACCCUGGACAGGGGUCACUAGCGAUGACGCUUUUGUGUCACAUCUGAUAUCGCUGUGGUUUACGUGGGAUCAUAUCUGCGGGAACUGGAUUGACAAGAAUCUGUUCACCAGAGAAAUGAAACCUGGAGAUAUUAAUUCCCCUUUUUGCUCUCCAUUCCUCGUCAAUACCAUCCUAUCCCUGGGUUGCUUAUAUUCGAGUUAUCCCGAGGCAUUCAUCAAUCCCGACGUUCUCUCGUCACGGGGGCUGCAUUUUUACAAUGAAGCCAAGAGACACCUUGAAGAAAUGGAGGGGAGGAUCAAUUUGACGACCGUGCAGGGAUUGGGUAUCCUUUUUAUAGUUACAUGUCUGAUGGGUAAAGACCGGGUGGGCCAUAGUUACAUGUCUCAAACACUGAUUUCGAUACGCGGCUUGUUGGCACGCGCCGACCAGUUCAUUGCGCAGGCGGGCUCGCAGGCGGAUGAGAUGGAGCACUCGAUAGGACUAUGCGUUCGUGGAUUGUUUGGGUUUUAUAUACAUGCCGGCCUUGCGCUACAAGUGCCAUUUACAAUGAGACCCCCCAAACGGGUACAACUCCCCGUUCACGGUGCUGCGGAUACCUGGACGACCUACCCAUAUCGGAACGCGCCAGUGCCAGCGCAUCAUAACUGUGUUCUCAACCAGUCGUUUGAUCUGCAUUUGAUCGUCUACGACGUUAUGCAGUUCUGCUGCCCCGCGGACCAAGAAGAGCUUAGACAGAAUUCACGCUCAUUUCCCGAGGUUCACAAGCUAAUAUACUCCUUCUAUGAUCGACUCCAAGCUUGGUAUCAUCAGUUACCGGCGUGUAUUGAGCAAGGCCAAAAUUGGACGCCGGGAGUGAUCGAACUUCAUUUGCUCAAAGUACAUCCAUCAGCACCGGCAAGUGCAUCGUCGAUGGCGCAACAAAACUGCAUCGCAUCGGCACUUGCAGUGCGCGACUUGAUUAAUACAUACCGAUCCAAAUGGCGACACCCCGAACACGUCCCCGUCGAAUUCAUGCAACUCAUGACCGUCUGCCUGUUUACGUUGCUCGAAGAUAUGACUUCCCCGCACAGUAGACAGGCCUUUGUUGACGUCUUGGUCGUCGCACGUGCCACGGCCCGUCGCUUCCAGCUCGCCCGCGGCAUGCUACGACUCGUGCAGCUGACCGCGCGGCAGCAAAACAUCGAGCUCCCGGGAGAGACGCACCAGAUCUUCCAGGACUUUGAGAGAGAAUGGUACCAGACGAGGGGCGGGGGCAAGUUCAGCAGUUCUUACCCCCAUUUUGUGCUUUCGUUGCGCUCGAUUGCUGCAAGCAGCAGCAGCAAUCAUAACCACGGCGAUAAAAGCAAGGAACUGUUUCUGGGUAGCGCGGAGUUGGAUUUGUUCUUGAAAAAGUGGGAUGAUGCGUUGACGAUUGAUACCGAUAGUGAGAUGUAG